GCAAAACGUAGGUGGUCUUUGUCGUCCCGCGCGCGUCAAUUUUGCCGCAGCGCUGCUGAGCAGCGCGGAGGAGUUCACCGCUGACCAGAGCAAGCGCCCCGCGCGAUUACACGCGCCAGCGGGACCGAUACGGCCCGUAAGCAAGGAGGGUCAUAUCAGGACCGCGCCACCGCUAAGCGACGCACCAGACGCCGCGCCGCCGCCGCCAGCUACCCAGCUGUAGCGCCGCACCGAAGCGCCGCCCCUGCGCACCGUCGCGCCGCCACAAGCGCCGCAAAAGCGCCGAGCCGCGUGACCGACGAUGGCGGACUUCGGCCGCGUCGAUUUCAAAGACCCGACCUGGUACCAGAAGUGGAAGAAGGAACAGCAAGAAGCGCAGCAGCGCCGCGCCGAAGAGAAAAAGCGCCAGGAGGCCGAGGCGAAGAAGAGGCGCGAGCUCGAGGCCGAGCUCGACCAGGAGGACGACGACGCGGCCGAUGAUGUCCAGUUCGAGGACUACGAGCCGUUGUGGUUGAAGGGGAUUGGGAAGAAGCACCCCGACCCCGUCGUGGAGAACGCGUCGUUGUCUGCCGUGAAGGCUCCUAAGCCACCUGAUGACGCUUUGGCAGACAUCUCACCAGACGUCGUGAAGGAGGGCAAGCUGUCGAACCUACAGCUGGAGGCCGUGGCCUACGCGAACAUGUGCUUCGGCAAGAACCUGGAAGAUGGGUCGCGACGGGGCUUCUUCAUCGGCGAUGGCGCCGGCAUCGGCAAGGGCCGGGAACUGGCUGGUAUCGUGGCGCAGCAGUGGGCUCGGGGUGUGAGGAAGCACCUCUGGAUUUCAGUAUCGAACGACCUGAAGUUCGAUGCGGAACGGGACUUGCGCGACCUCGGGAGCGGGAAUAUUCCGGUCCAGUUGCUGGGCAAGGCGUCGUAUUCCGUAGCAUGCGGCGUCCCCUUUUGUUACCGUGGCGGCGGCGCGGCCGUGGGGUCGCGGCGAUGGCGUCCGAGCGCCCUGAUUGAUGGACGCGAGACGCCGUCGGCCGAGACACACGACUCGAUACACUCAUGCGUCGACGCAUGGCGUGGGGUCGCCGCGACGGCGGGCGCGCGACGCCAUCGACGCGACACACUCACGCGCCAACACGCAGGCCCGCGACCUCCCCAAGCAGGGCGUCGUCUUCGCGACCUACGCUUCCUUGUUGGGCAAGAAGGGCGGCAAGACGUCGAAGCCCCAAACUAGAUUAGACCAACUGCUCGAGUGGGCCUCGCCGGGCUUCGAGGGCGGGCUACUGUUCGACGAGUCGCACAAAGCCAAGAAUUUGUUCGGGGGCAACGGCGGCAAGCCCACCAAGACCGGCCAGGCCGUGCUCAAGCUACAAACGGCACUACCAAGGGCCCGAGUCGUGUAUUGUAGCGCAACGGGCGCGUCCGAACCGAAGCAUCUCGGCUACAUGGACCGGCUGGGCCUCUGGGGUGGAAGUGAUACGCCCUUCGGCGACUUCGACGACUUUCGGAGAGCUGUUGAAAGUAGAGGCGUGGGCAUGAUGGAGCUCGUGGCCAUGCAUUUGAAACAAAGGGGCGCUCUUGUUUCUCGGGCUUUAUCGUUCAAGAGCUGCACGUUCGAGCUGGUCAACGACGUGAUGACGCCGUCUUGAUGCCGCGUCCUUGUUUAUUGCCUUCGCGGCGACGGCGUCGCGUCGACGGCGCCGGGGCGGCCGAGUCUACGCGUCUCGUGAGGGAGCCGCGGCAAUGCCACGCCGCCGCGACGCCGUUUUCAUGAUCAUCAGAGUGUCGACGCGCGCAGGCACAUGGAGCGCGUCUACGACCGGAGCGUCGAGGUCUGGGACUUGCUGAGGCAGUGCCUCGCCGAGGGCUUGGAGCUAGGCGUCGUGAACGACCCGUUCAAGAAGCCCGACGCGCCCGUUCGAAGGGGCACGCCGAACGGCGUGUUGUGGCGCUACUUCUGGGGCGCGCACCAGCGCUUCUUCAAGGAUUUGUGUGUGGCCUCCAAGGUGCCUGCGGCCUUGCAAGUCGCUCGUCAAUCGCUCAAAGACAAGAAAUGCGUCGUCAUCGGCUUGCAGUCGACGGGCGAAGCGCGCACGAAGGACGCCAUCGAGGAGCACGGCGAGGUGUUCGACGACUUCGUGAGUGCGCCUAGAGCUACCUUAGAGAGGUUGAUAAAGAAGGUCUUCGCCUCGCCGGGUGAUGACGAGGCCGACGCUCGACAGCGGGAGCUCAAGGCUUGCGCUAGUCGUGAUGACGCUCCUCUCGGUAGGACCCAUGGGAGGUCUACUCGCACCAGAAAGGGCCCGGCCAAGGGCACUUAUGCCCAGUCUGAUACGGAUUUCUCUGACAGCGAUAGUGAUAGCGAUGAUGAUGAAAAAGCCGCCGCGAAACUAGGUGUUACGUUAGGCAAGACUUUGGUGCGGCACAAAACUGCCUCCGGAGAGAUGCGCGAAGGAGUGGUCGUGAGGAGGGCCUUCCCGUUUUUUGUGGUGCAGUUCGGCAGCGAAGAGGCCAAGUUCACGGCGGCGCAGCUGCACGGCAUUUUAGUAUUUGACGUCGACGACGACUCCAGUGAUAAUGUGCCGAGGAAGCGGCCGGCGCCGUCGUCCGACGAAGAAAGCUCGGACGACGACUUCGUGGAGAGCGACAGUGAUAAUGAUUCCGAGGCGCCUCAGAAAUCAAAGGCGAAGAAGACGAAGUACAUAUCUAUCGAUAGUUCGGGCGACGAGGACGAGGACGCGAUGCAGGACGACGAUGAUGGCUUCGACGAGGUCCGCGAGCUCCGCCGGAGAUUCCUCGUCGCGGCGUCGAAGCUAGGCUUACCAGGCAACCCCUUGGAUACGUUGAUUGCUGAAUUAGGAGGCUCGGACUGUGUCGCGGAGAUGACGGGGCGGAAGGGCCGCAUGGUGCGCGACGCGACGUCCGGCAAGGUCGUCUACGAGGCGCGGAACUCCAACGGCGUGUCGCUCGAGAUGCAGAACAUGCACGAAAAACAAGCUUUCAAUGGUGGUGAGAAGCACGUGGCCAUUAUUUCGGAAGCGGCGUCGGCCGGUAUUUCGUUGCAAGCUGACAGGAGAGUAGCGAAUCAGCGGAGGCGGGUCCACAUCACGCUCGAAUUGCCCUGGUCCGCGGACAAAGCGAUCCAGCAGCUCGGACGGACGCAUCGGUCGAACCAGUCUUCAGCUCCUGAGUACAAGUUCCUCAUUUCCUCGGUAGGCGGUGAAAAGCGGUUCGCUUCCGCCGUGGCCCGGCGCUUGGAGUCGCUGGGCGCGCUGACGCAGGGUGAUAGAAGAGCCACCGUCGGCGCCAAGGGUUUAGGAUUGACGGCGUUCAACUUCGACACGAAGUGGGGCAAGAACGCCCUCGCGACGUUAGGAAACAUCAUACAAAGGGUCACGUCGGCGCCGUUCACGCUGCCGCCGCUCGAGCCGGCGGACCGCGAGCGGUUCAUGGAGCUGCAGAAUCAAUCAGCGGCGGUCUUCGGCGGCGCGGUCGACGCGACCAAGGUCGAGUUCUCCUUCUGCGACACUUCGGAAGACGCCGAAGAUGUGGCGAACGAAGACCAACUGAAGCCCGCCUCCCAGGAGGAGGAGUCUGCUGAUGAGGACGUCGAGAUGGGGUCGACGACGCUCCAGACCUUCGCGCACGCGCGGUGCCAGUGCCCGCUGCACCCGUUCGCGUCGACGGAUCACUCGGAGGCCUGCGACAAGUGCCACUGCUACGUCUGCGACGUGCCCGUGUCCCAGUGCCCGAAAUGGGCCGAGCACUGCCACGCGACCGACACGGGCAAGGACGCCCAGAAGUGGAAGUACUUACCUGUGCGGAAAUCAUGA